CAGAAGAAGUCACUGUAUAUAGUAAUUUUCAUAUAUAAUAACUUACUUGUGCCUCAGAGUGUGCAGAAAGAGCAGAGGUGCUUCCUUGGUGCUUCCAUCCAGCAUGUUUUUCAUGUGAUAUCCCAAAAUGCACAUAAAAAUAGGUGGAUGCAAACACAAACCAGCUCUUUUGUUUUCUCACAGGUUCAGAUGGCUCAAUCUGUUGCUGCUCUUUUGCCUUUUCAGUUAUAGUGAAACCACCAUAGGAAAUAUUGUUAUACAUGUGACAGGACAAAAAGGAGAAGAUGCCACCCUGCCAUGUGAUAUUCAAGCCAGACAUAUUUUUCAUCUUAUUUUAAACAGCCUGUCACAAAAAAUCAUUGCUUGUCAGAAUGAAGCUUGUAAGAGUGAAAAUGUCAGAGUAUUUAAAACAGGAGCCUGUGACAUCGUCAUCAAGGAUUUGAGACUGAGUGAUGCUGGGACAUACAUUUUGAAAAUCCAUUACAAUAGUACUGCAGAAGUACAAAUCAGGGAGUACCAUCUUCAAAUUCAUGAUGAAAUUUCUGUGAAAACAGGCGAGCAGCUGAAGUUGGAUGUUUUGUUGUCCCGUGCUGAUAAAGUCGAGACAAACUCUAGCGGAGAGUGGAACGAGGUGUGGAAGAGAGGUCAUGGGGUCUGGAGUGAUCGAAUGACUGACCGUGAUGGGAACUUGACCAUUAAAGAGUUUACAUCCAAUGAUACAGGAACAUACAGGGUUCUGGACUCUAAAGGAGAAAUCUUGAUCACAGUGACUGUCACAGAAUCUAGUACAGAAUCUGACUCAAAGAGUACAGGUGAUGACAAACCUAAUGACACUGAACAACAUACUGAAAAGAUUGUGAUUGGUGUACUGACUGUGUUUGGGGUUCUGGUGGUUCUGGCUCUUGUAAUUGUUGCCAUAAAGAAAAGCCAGCCUCCGAAUGGAGGAUUCUUUCCGGUCCGCUGGAUAAGAGGGACACCUGAGGGCUCAUAAUGUUCUCUCCUGAGGUACAUCUCUGCCAUUGCAGAACAUCUAGUGACAACCCUGGUUACUUGAAAUUCACCUUCAGAGCCAACCGAUCUACACAGGAUUCUGUCAAUAUACUGAAUGUCUGCAAUGUGUGCAAUAUAGAUAUCAGCUGUCAAUGUGAAGCUGACAUUAUCAACAUUAUCUAAAUCCCACUUCAGAUGCAGCUUCUGUGCCAAAGAUGGAUUUUGCUGAUUUCAUUUAAUUUGUAACAGCUUAAUUGUGUCUUAUUAUUCUAACAGAAUUGACUGAUUAAAUAUAAGAAUUUGUCAUAAACGAUAAUGCAUUUAUCUAAAAAAGGUGCCCAUAUAAAGAUAAAAAUGCCCCUGGAAAUGAAUGUAAAGGAGAAAAUGACAUCUUUAAAGCACAGAAGAAUAUGAAAAGCUUUUUUGUGUGUCAGACAGGCCUAAGAAAAACCAGCACAAAAACUCUCAGCAAAAUCUCAUCUAAUUAUUACCAACAACAUUUCCAGAAAAUAUUGAAAGAUGUGUAUAUCAACUGUGAAGAACUUGAAAAUAUUUAGUAUGCUAAAAAUGUGUCUACAUGUCAAGAUGAGGAAGAGUUCCUCCAAACUUGUUGACAGUAAUAUUUUGUUUGUUUUUAAUGAUGUAUUUUUAUAUGGAAUGUAAUGUUGAAGAUUUUUUUUUUACUGUUUUUUUUUUUUUUUUUUUUUUUGAGCAGCCUUGUCUUGGGAGUUCAGCAGUUGUAGUUUCUGCUUUGAAGGAAUCUUGCAAAAGCAGUAUGGCAUCUGUGAAAUGUUGAUUAUUUUAAGGCUGAGUAAAUAUGGUAAAAUAGCGCUCAGUCUCAGUAUUGUAAUCAUUCGUGUGAAACACGUCUUCAUCAUUUCAGUUUGAUAAAGCCUACAGUAUCUGUUGGUGUCAAACACAUUUCAUCAUGUUUGAGUAUUGGGAUACUUUUAGGUUUAUGGUGUUUUUGUUUUCAUUCAGUUAUUUUCCAUUCAUGUUUAAUAUUGCUUUGCUCAGGGGAUAAGAAAAUUAAUUGUUAAUAUGGUAAUUUAGUAGAGUAUAUUGUUCCAUUCUACUGUUUUUGUAUUUA